UUUUAUUUUUUUGUUUUCUUAUCAAAGAGUUUUUUCUUUGUUUGUUGCUGUGAGUUGACGUGACGAUUCCUGGCCAUCCUCAGGUUAUGAGAUUCACUCACACAAAGACUUGUAGGUUAGACUUGGGCUUUUUUCGAUCAAGGGCUGAUAGAUGAUUUUAGGCCAUCCAUUGUUUUUAGGGUAAAAAAAAAAUGCAUUUAAAUAGUUCUCUUUUGAAAAUUGGACUCUGGCCCAAUCGAUAUGGGCAGUACAGGCCCUCACCUGAAGGGUUUCGUGUGUGGGACGGGAGGGAAUAAAAUGCGAAAGAAAAGGAGAAAUAACCAACCGAUGAUGGAUCGAUCGAUUGGUUGACCUCGCACUGAAAGUAGAAUAAAUCAUACACGUAAAAAUCAUCUGCUCUUUACUAGGGUUUGGAACAAGGAGAGAUUAGAGAUUUCGAAUUUUUCACGCACAAAACUCGUCGUCGCUUUCGCUUGGCAUCAACGAAUCUCACACAAUAAAAUUUUUCUGCUUUUCAUAUUCCACGGCAAUAUCCGCCCCCACCACUAACACCCGCCAGCCACAUCCAUUUCCCAAAUAUUUGUUAUUAUUGCUUUUGAAAAAAGAAUAGCUCGAUGUAACGUCUGUUCAUGUCUAAACACGACAAAAAAUGUGGGUGUGGAGGUGUCCGAUUGUAUGAAAAGGAACGUUUUCUUUUUGGCGGAUUGAUGGGAGAUUUCCAGAAGAAAAUGUGCCUCUUUUGUGUUGAUAGACACAAACAAAACAAAAAAGUGUUAGCAUCUAAAUAGUGACAAGGCUAUUUGGAUCUCGCGUGAGCUGGGCGGGUCUUUUCCCCAAUGUUGGGAAGGAAUCCAUCCAGGAGACAAUGCUUUUUUUUCUCGAUUGAAUAUCAACAAAAAAGAACGCAUUUUCCCACAUUUCCAAACAGCCUCUUAUCAUUUGCAUCAUCCAACUUCUUUUUCCUUGUCCACAUUUUCUUUUGAAGUUAAGUGAAUUCUUUUUCCUCAAUAGUUUGAAAGGGGGUGGUCGUGGAAUGUCAAUCGAAAACGAAAGAAACUUGUUGGGAGGGCUAAAGUCUAGCAGGUGGUGGUGGUGGUGGUAACAAACAAUCGGAAAUCGAACUGGAGCGGAGUCCUAUGACGCCAUUCCAGAAAGAAAAAAGAAAAAAAAAAAUACUUGUGAUGGAUGGAGAGCUAAGAGAGUAACGCACGCUAAAGUUCUCGAAAAAGAAACGACUUGCAGACACACGAAAGAGUUUAACUUCGGACGUCGAUCGUAUAUACCUUAUCAAAACAACAAAGGGCCUAAGAUAAACAACAGAGGGAGUGACGUCUACGGGGAGAACCGGUUUCACCGAUCCCAUCGUUGCGUGAUGGCGAUGGCUCCGUCAAAAAUCAUGAUGGCCGACGUUAUGGACCCAUACACGUACGGAAUGGCGUGUGCCCUUUGCUCUCUCUCGCUCUUCGUGAGCAAGUUUUCUCUCUCUCCCCUUGACGUGUGUGUUGUGCCCUAUUGAAAACUUUACCUCCAGAGGGCAGACAGGCUGCCACACCCACUUCGAGUUAGUGGAUGGAUGAGGGGGGAUACGAAAAAAGAAAAAAAAUCGACUGGAAUCAAAUCGAAUUUGUGUCGCUUGGUUUCUGUACACACACACGAUCUCCUGUUAGGCUCUUUUGUUUGUUUGUUUUUUCCCGAUUGCGUUCAACUGCGUGUAUGUGCGUGGUUUUGCGGAUGAAGUACGCACACCCAAUCGGCGGGGAUCAUAUAAAGUUGGAUUGCAUUUUUCUCUUUCAACGGCUGGAUCGUUUCCGCUCAACCGACUUAUCCGCCCAGCUUCUUGUGCUUACGAAUCCCUCCAUCGACUGUACCGUAUAGAAAAGAUUCUUCGAUUGUACACCCUCUUCAUCGCAUACGACGUCGGGAGAGAGAGGGGGGGUUGAAAGCGGAUGAAGCGUCGCUGGAGUGGAAAUAUUAUAUCACUCCGCUCUCGCGACGCCAUGCACGCUUUGCUAGCCACGAUUGUUUCACAUAACUUGGCUGACAUUUUCCGUUUUUCCCACAGUGAAGCAAAAUCGGAAGAGGGGGGGCGAAAGUAAAAAAUAAAAACUCUUGACGAUGUGUGAGGGCUGUAUCGUUGGGACCUUUAUUGUAUUCUUGCAACAACAAUAGCGUUAGGACGAGAGGGGGGGUUAGACAUUGAAAUAUUGAUGUGCCAAUGAAUCCGGCUCGUGUGCGCCCACUCGGGCGAGUUGGCACUCCUGUUGGAUGAUGUGGGGACGCAUUAAUGGAUGCUUGAGCGAUUCAUUCACACACACACGAUGGAUGAUUUAUACCGUCGGAUUAUAUAAGAUUCUCUUCGCUUAGACAUUUUUGACUUUUGAUAGCGUCCCCCCCACUCGUUUUUUUUUUCUGUGCCUAUUGUUGAAUUGUUUUUCUAUUAUUUAUAAGGAAUGGUACGAAUAUACACAUUUGCGGAAGAGCACUCUACAUGGAAAAGGGGGGGUUCGGAAGGGCACCCGAGGAAGGAAAUCGUAGCGCGUUUGAAUCCGGCGGAAGAGAGCGCUUGCGCGUGCGAAAAAAAAAACUAUUGUCAGGGUGUAGGGGGGGGAGAGAGACUUACCACCGUCGACAUCCGUCGGUUGGGUGACAGUGCGCACAAGCCGAGAGUUCACGUCGGUCACCAAACGAAACGAUCCGCUUCAGUUGAUUUCCAGUUCACCUGUUUUUUUUUUUUGUUUUCAGGCUUUUGACGUCCGUCUCUUGAAGUGUACACAUUUGUCUUGUGUGUGAUUUUUGUUUCUUGUUCGGUGGCCAAACCUUUUCUUGGUCAUUUUCGCGUGUGUGUGUGUCUUUGGCGCCGCCCCUCAACCUGUCUCGUUCGCUUUGAAGGUUUUUGGUCGUUGUGGACAAAUGAAAGCCAUAAGACAUUGGCCGUGAUGAAAGACGACUGGAAUCUUGUGAAGACAGCUGGAUCGUUUUAUUAUUAAAGACAAACAAACAGCGGAAACUGUUGUGUUUUGUAAAAAAGAAAGGGAAAAGAAGAACAACAAAAAUGGGUUUAGAUCACAAUUGGUUGUUUGCCCGUUGGCUUGUUGUGGUGGUCAUGGUAGCGACUCCUACGGCAGUUGAAACUUUUUGCCCGUCCAUGUGCCAAUGCGACGACAGUCUACUAGAAACCAGCUGUUCUGGCUCGAAACUCGAUUCUGUGCCCAUCUUGUUGAAUCCUUCGUUGCGCUCGUUACACUUGGCCCACAACCGCAUCGCUUCUCUUAGACAAUCUGUCAGUUUUUACGGCGAAUUGCGCCGUUUGGAUCUCAGCCACAAUGUUCUCCAUUCGUUGGGUUUGCUCCAUUUCCAGCCGCUUGGCCAGCUCGAAUGGCUCAACGUUUCCAACAAUUUGGUCUCUUCCUUGGAAAUGGAAUCGUUUGCCGGACUCGCAUCGCUCACCGUCCUCGAUCUCAGCGCUAAUCGGCUCACUCGACUGACGGACGACCUGUUCGCCGAACUACCUUCGCUUGUCACGCUCAUCCUCAGUGGCAAUAAAAUUCAAACGGUGGCCAGCGGAGCGUUCGAAUCGCUCCGCAAACUGCACACGCUGCGUCUCGAAGACAAUAAUUUGGGUAACGUCCCUACGGCCGCUCUAGUCCCCCUGGCCGCUGGUUUGCGAUCGUUGCAUCUCGGCAAAAAUCUGAUCGAGACGUUGGAAGACGGAGCGUUCCGUCAUCUUGCCCGUUUACGGCUGUUGGCCCUUAACGACAACGCCAUUGACCGCGUCGAUCCUCUGGCCUUUGACUCGCUCGUUUCGCUCGAUGCGCUGGAUCUCAGUUUCAAUCGAUUGGAUGGACCCAUUGAGGCUUUUACGACCGUUUCGCCGUUGACCCAUCUGGAUUUGUCUGGUAAUAUGUGGCGCCAAUUGCCGGCCAACUUCUUGUCCGGCCUGCCGCGUCUCCAGACGCUCAACGUUUCUUAUAUGGAAUACUUGCGGUCGGUUGAUCCGGCCGUUUUUCACAUGACGCGGCCCGCCAUCACCAAUGGAUCUGUCGUUACGAUCUCCACCUCACCUAAAGUCUUGCCCAUCGUCAAUCUGGUCAUGACCAAUAACGCUCUGUGGAAUCAUCUGCCUACUGGCCUUUUCCACGGGCUGGACGCCCAUCUCGUCCGUUUGGAUUUGAGCGGCAACGCGUUUGAAACGCUGGAAAUGGGUGGCCAUCAUUCCGAUUGGCCGCAUUUGAAUUAUCUUAACGUGGCGUACAAUCCGCUGGAAUGUAAUUGUUCCCUCCUCUGGCUGUGGAACAUGUUUCAGCAACGCAAUCAUUCGCCUACUAUCGUGGUAGUUAACGUGACGUGUAGUGGUCCACCACCUUUCAGCGGACUGCCAUUGUCCAGCCUGGAACAAUCGGACUUGAUGUGUUCUCUAGCGCUGCCCGUCUCCAUCAUAAUCCUGUUGGUGAUGUCGUGGAUCGUCUUAACAGCCGGCCUGAUUGUCCUCGUCAUCUACUGGCGGAAACGACAAAAUCUGAGAAGAGAAAGUCGAUUGAUGAUUAUUAAAUCGAGUCAUCAUCAUUAUCAUCAUCGCGAUCAUGCGUUCCAGCACCAUAAUGGCACCAGUCCCAUUUUAGGAGGUGUGGGUGGUGUUAAACAGCAACAAUAUGGGAUGGAUAGCAAUAAUAGUCCAGCAUUGUCGGGCCAUCAUCACGUCGGGGCUACUAUACCGCAUUAUUAUCACCACAAUCAUCAUCUCCAUCAACAAGCCCAAUUGGCCGCUACGACCAGAGACGAGUACACGUAUCAUUGCGCUGGAACGAUCAAACGCAUUCCCGUCACCGUCGUCUAAUCCAAUUCGAUUUGAUUUUUCUCGUUUUUUUUAAUAUUUUGAUUGAAAGAAAAAUGCUAGUGGCUUUACACUAGACUAUCACUUUAAAUUGGCGAUGCAAAUUUUUGUUUUUUGUUUUGUUUUCCGGAAGAGAACCACUCCCAAUGUAAAUGAUGUUUGUGGAACGGUGGUAGGGUCCGAUCGAUUAGUUAACUCUCGCAAUAUGUAUAGAUGGGGUUCGUGCGGAAUUGCAUAGUUGACGGUGAUCUUUUUGUUCAUAAGACAAGAGUCAUAAAUCGUUCGAUUAACGUACCAAAAUGCGGCCAGUGUAAAACAAUAAUAAUAAUAUAAUAAUGUACAGAUCAUUUCUUUUGUUUCUUUUGAUGAAUUUUUCAGCGUUGUUGUUGAAGAGAGGUUAAAGUUUGGGUUUCUUUAGUCGACUUGUAUUUGUCUUUGUCAGAAACCAGUACCCAAACAGUGAUACCGCGUGCAGUUUUUUUCUUUUCUCUUUUCAUUUUGAAUAAUGAAUAAGGACCGUGUCUCUUGAUUUUGUAAUGACCCUUCGUCGAUGUCUCUGUAAAUAAAUAUCAAAAUAAAAUAUUGAUUACCUUA